AUGAGUUUAUCGAAGGCUGCAAUUGGUUUAACACUUCUGCCACAUGUAGGUGGUAUUAUUGGUGGAUUACUUACACGAAAAAAUAUAAAACAAUGGUAUGAAACUCUUGAUCGACCACCAUGGAGACCACCAAACUGGGCUUUUGGUCCUGUUUGGACAACAUUAUAUACAAUGAUGGGUUAUGCUUCAUACCUUAUAUAUCGAGAUGGUUUUGGUGAAAGUCGUGAUCGUGCUCUAAUGCUUUACGGUUCACAACUGAUGUUAAAUUGGUUAUGGACACCAAUUUUUUUUGGUUAUCAUAAAUUAGGACUUGCAUGUGCUGAAAUUACUUUACUAUUAGCGAAUAUUGGCUUAUGUAUCGGCGCAUUUUAUCCAAUUAAUCGAACAGCUUCCUAUCUUCUAAUACCUUAUUUUGGCUGGGUAACAUUAGCGACGACAUUAACAUAUUCAAUUUGGCAACGAAAUAAAGACAAGAAAAAAAUUUAA